AUCUUGUUUACGCAAUGUCCUGUGGCGACACACCAGUUCUGCUGCAACUAAGUACAAUAUUGCCAUAUUAAGUAAAUAAAACAGUCACUGUCACUCUUUACCACGUACAAUUAAGCAGACCCGUACCACAAUAACAGGGACCACCUAGUGGUACUUGAUAUUAGUUGACUCACCUCGUUUUUGGAACUUCCUGUCAGCUACUUGUUUAUUCCAUUCUAUCAAGUUCAACCUAGAGUUCAAACGAAAAGAACAUGGCUACCAACGGAAACGGCGUCAUGGGACGCAAAAUCGCGUCCCCCAUGGACAUGCUGGAAAAUCUACUUGCCCAUGGUGUACACAUCAAGUGCCGUAACGGUAGGGAACUACGAGGUGUCCUGCACGCCUAUGACGAGCAUCUAAAUGUAGUAGUAAGUGGCGUGGAGGAGACGAAUAACGUGCCAGGACAAGUGGCGCAAACGAGACACAUGGACAUGCUAUAUGUGCGAGGAGAUGCGGUGACGAUGAUCACGAAAGUGGGGAUCUAGAAUGCCUUGCGAGCUGCAAAAGCGAGUGCGACGAUGAUCACGAAAGUGGGGAUCUAGAAUGCCUUGCGAGCUGAACUACACGCGAAGAGCCGAUCUUUCUCUAUCCUUCUAGCAAGUCAGCUUCAACUCUGGACGAUCAGGCAACUAGAAGGAUAGAGGUACUUGCUGAACUACAUGGACGAUUAUUCAGGCAAACUAGACAUACUAGACAUGCUACUACCUCGAGAUCAAACGUCAUCCCGCCUCAUACGUAUUCAUAUACAAACGACCAAAUGAAUAUAGCUUAGUCCUCCCCUGUCGCAAACAGGGUGCUCCCCCGCACUCCUUGAGAUACUUAAUGAAAAUCCUAUUGUGAUUCAUUAUUUUCCGAU